UGAACAUGCGGUUACAUGGGACAGUCUUGCUGGUUAUACUCCUCGGUUGCCUUUUCGCAACUUCAGAUGGACAGUUGGCCGCCAUGACAAUUGACCUCGGGACUCAAUUCCUUAAAAUUGGAAUUGUAAAACCUGGAAUUCCAAUGGACAUUGCUCUGAAUACGGAAUCGAGAAGGAAGACACCGAAUGUUGUUAUGAUUCAGGAUGGCCACCGAACUUUCGCUGAUGCAGCUAUCGGAAUGCAAGUCCGGUAUCCUCAUCUUGUUCAUGGACAACUCAACGAUUUAGUCGGCAAAUCCACACAACAUCCUUCAUUUGAGCUAUUCAAAAGACGAAAUACCUUCUUCGAGGUUGAUGAUGCUCCGAAGAAUGCUUCUUCUAUUAACUUCAAGCUUGGCGGAGAAAGCUAUACAGUUGAAGCACUAACUGCUAUGAUUUUAGCAAACGCGAAGAAGUUUACUGAAGAAUAUGCACAAGCUGCUGAAAUCAAAGAUGUUGUUAUCACUGUUCCGGUCUACUUUACACCUGCUGAAAGAUUGGCUGUAGAGCGUGCAGCUCAAAUGGCUGGACUCACCGUCCUUCAACUUAUCAAUGAUGGUACAGCUGCAGCAUUGAGUCAUGGAAUCUUCCGUAGAAAAGAAAUCGGUGAGAAACCGCAGAGAUUAAUGGUCUAUGACAUGGGAGCAGCUAAGACUACUGCAACAAUUGUCGAGUUUAAGUUGGUCAAGGAGAAGUACGAGAAACAACCAAAAAUGACAGUCCUGGGAGUAGGGUUCGAUCGAACAUUAGGAGGAAUUGAGAUGACCAAUCGUCUUAGAGAUCAUCUUAUUGAGAUGUUCGAGAAGAAUUAUAAACCGAAGACAAAGGUCAAUACGAACAGAAGAGCGAUGACAAAGUUUUCAAAAGAAGCUGAAAGAUUGAAGCAAGUUCUAUCUGCCAAUGCCGAACAUUUUGCUCAAAUCGAGAGUGCUCAUGAAGAUAUCGAUGCUAAACUGAAAGUCACUCGUGAGGAUUUCAAUCAUCUUAUUUCCGACAUGGAAUCUCGUUUUGGCGAGCCAAUUGAACAGGCUCUUCGGAUGGCUCAGAUUCCUAUCGAUGAUAUUGAUCAAUUUGUGCUGAUGGGAGCUGGAACCAGAGUGCCAAAAGUACAGGAAAUUGUGCAGAAAACAAUUGGAACAAAAGAGAUCGGAAAGUUCCUGAACACUGAUGAAGCCGUCGCUAUGGGAGCCCUAUUUCAAGCAGCUCAUCUCAGUAAAGGAUUCAAAGUCAAGCCGUUCAACAUCGAGGAAAAAGUUAUUUUCCCUGUUGAAGUUCAUUUUGUCAGCAAAAUUCGAGAUGAAAAGACUGAAGAGAUUACUGGAGAGAAAAAUGUGGUUAAAACCUUGUUUGCUGCCAAUUCCGUCUACCCUACCCACCCAAAGACGAUUUCAUUAACCUCUUACUCGGAUGAUUUUUCAGUUGCAUUGAAAUAUGGAAAAAUCGAAAGUUUUACGAAGCAACAAGUUCAAGAAAUUGGAAGUUUGUUGGAUAAUCUCGUUGAUGUUGAAAUUAGUGGUCUGAGUGAGGCAUUGAAAAAUCGAUCCAGUGAAGAAUCAGAGUUCAAGGGAGUGAAAGUUAGCUUUAUUGUGGAUGCAUCUGGAAUUGUACGAGUUAGAAGAGCCGAAGCUUUGUUUGAGCCAAAAUCUGGAUUAGUUGGAUCAAUUGCAAGCACCAUCAGUGGGCUAUUUUCAUCAAAAACUGAAGAAGGUGAACCGACAACUGAUGACAGUACUCCACAGAGCACUGAAGAGAAAACAGAGGAAAAAGAGUCUGUGAAAGUCGAAGAUUCAACUCCUGAACCAGAACCCGAAACCCCUGUCAAUUCCACAUCUGAAGAAAGUCCAAAAACAAAUGAAACUGAGAAAAAUGCUUCUUCCGGUAAUGCAACCGAAGUGAAAGAAAAGAAAAAGGAACUUCCAUCAAUUGUUCGCUUGCGCAUUACCAACAAAUAUCCAUCUGCAUUCGUUCCAAAUAAAUAUGAUGUUCAAGAAGAAAAACGUAGAAUGGAAGCAUUUGCUGAAAAAGAACGACUUGCAUCCGAGAGAGCUGCGGUGGAAAAUGAAUUGGAAUCUUUCAAUUUUGAAUGUUCACAAUAUCUCGAAGAAACUGAGUUCACUGAUUACAUGGCUGAUGAGGAGAAAACAAAAUUGGAAGAUUCUGUGAAAAGAAUUCGUGCUUGGCUCGAAGACGAUGUGACGAAAGAUACACCAACGAAGGAUUUCACAGAUAAUUUGCUCGAAUUGAAGAAUGUUGUACGGAGUGUGAAAAAGAGACAAGAACACGACAAGGCAGUUCCAGAGAAGUUGAAGAGCUUGGAGACUCUUCUGGAAACCACUUUCUCAUUGACCACUUUGGGUAACAAUGUUGACGAGGAGAAGGCACUAUUCAAAAAGGAAGACCGUGACGGUUUGAAAUCUAAAUUGGACAAACUGAAAAUUUGGGUCACAGAUGUUCGGAAACACCUAGAUUUGAAGAAGAAAACAGAUGAUUUCAACUUCACUGGAAAAGAUAUUGACACCAAGACCAAAAAUCUGAACCGUGAAGUAGAUCGAUUCAUGAAGAAAAUGAAGAAGAUCACAACAUUGGACGAUCUUGCCAAAGACGGAAAAAUUGAUAUCGACACCAUUGUAGAAGAAGCAGAGAAGAAAAAAGCCGAACAAGACAAGAAGAAGGAAAAGAAAAGCACGAAGAAAGCAAACGAGUCGAAAGUAGAAAACGAGUCAGAGAUAAAGACCGAGCUUUAAAUUUUUUGAAAAUUAUAUUAUCAUUUGGAGCAUUCUCUUCCAACGGGAUAUUUUUUACUCGUUUCUAAAUACUUGUUCAAUCUUUUUCUCAUGUUUGCCAAUGCUUUGGGAUUUUAAUUUAUUAAAAGUUCGAAUGUGAUAUGAUGGUGAUUACUCCCAUGGUUGUAUUUUUUUUUGUUUUCUUGUAGUCUUCUUUGAUAAAAAAAAUAAAAAUAUUUGUCUGUAAA